CUCCUUUGAUUAUCGAACUCUGUUCGUAUAGAUGUCACGUUAGUAAGAACAUAAUCAGUCCGUUACGUUCCAUCACGUCACACUGCGUCGCUUUUGGACCCAAGGUGCACAUGCGAAUAUGUUCGUUUAAUUUUAGGAGGAUAAAUAUGCGUUGAUGUGAGAAUGAGUGCCGUGGUAAAAUCUGAUUUUUAUGUACCAAAAUAUAAAAUUACCAUAACAUCGUAAUUAAUUUCUUAAAAUUACCUCGAUGAUCGUAAAGUGUCUAUAUAUUGUGGUGCCCUCCAACACUUGUCAAUAAUUUAAUAUUCUCACUGGGUGAGAUUUCACAAGUUGUUUCUGAACAUUUUACCGUAUUCGGAGGCAAACAGUUCCCCUGUAUCGACUCCCGGGAAGGUUUCGUUCUUGCAGAACCGUUCGCUCCGGAGACAGAGUGAGUCAGACGAGCCCGAGCCACCGCGGAGUGACGACCGCCACUGUGACUGACCGGAGGAUGGACUGGAGACAGUGAGUACACCAUGGGGACAGUGUUGAGUUUCAGCCCGCGAGAACGUCGCCCCGUAUACACGACCACCGCCAGCCACUGUACUACGGGACCCGGGCCGGACUACACCCUCAACAACUUCAGCUACGAGCAACUCAACAACGCCAAGAACCGCGAGCAGAAAACCAUGAGCGCCUCCGUGGUCGUGGGCAACAACAACAUCAACAAUGAGAACGCCCGGAUCAUCUCCGAGAAGAACGCUCUGGAGAAGAACUUCAAGAAGCACUCGCUCUUCAUAAACGCGCUCAGUUGGAAGAGGUUCUCCACCGCGAACAACAACAAGAAGAAGCUGGACAACAAGAACAAGAACUUGACCACUUUCCGGCAACCACUGGUCGACAACAUCAACCCCAUAGUGGUCGACAAGAACAAGAAUAUCCAGAAUAUAUCGUGCUACUACCCGCCGGUAAACUCCAUCCCCUCGUCCGCCAGCCUAGACCUCGUCCGUGCCAACAACACCAACAACAACCACAACAAUGUCAGUGACAAGUUGGCGCCUAAGGCACAGCUACUACCCGCGCCGGCACAGCAGUUGGCGCCCAAGAAGACUGUGAUCCAAGCGUCCACUUCGGAGCUCCUGAAAUGUCUCGGGAUCUACCUCCACACCAAGUGCUACCGCCUGAAGGACUUCCAGGCCGGAGACGCUGUCAUGUGGCUCAGGACUGUGGACAGGAGCUUGCUCUUGCAAGGAUGGCAGGACGUGGCAUUCAUCAAUCCUGCCAAUGUCGUGUUCGUGUACAUGUUGGUGAGAGAACUGGUGCACGGCGACGAAGUCGACAGCGAACCGGAGCUACAAGCUGUAGUCCUGACGUGUCUGUACCUGUCCUACUCCUACAUGGGCAACGAGAUCUCCUACCCGCUGAAACCUUUCCUUGUCGAGGACUCCAAGGAUCGAUUCUGGGACCGAUGUUUGCUCAUUGUCAACACUCUAUCUCGUAGCAUGCUCCGAAUAAACUCGGAGCCGGCAUUCUUUACUGAGAUUUUCACCGAACUGAAGGCGUGCGGCACACCGCCCUCCAGUACUGUCUCGUCGGCCGCUUGACCGGCUGGCACACCUAGGAAACCGACGGCGGCUUUGUUAGUGAAACUGAGUCUAGCGCAAUCGCGAGGGCAGGUCACCACCAAUCUGUGAUCCGACGGCCCGAUAUUGGCCUUAACGUCACUAACCCGCUUCAUUGUUCAUCUUCAUGCUUCAUACUUGUUUUGUAUACUGCCAUAACAUUCUGGAUGUAAAGGCUGGAGAAGUGAAGCGAACUGUGUUAUGUAAUUAUUUAUAACUGAACUUAGUUUAGUUGGUAAUCGGUCUGCUAGCUGCAGAGUAGCAAAUUUUAACGUUAUCUUAGAUGAAAAAAUCUGUUAAAGAAAUUUGUUAUACAGUACUUAUAUUUGAAGUGGUAAAAGUUUAGAACCUAAUCACGGAACAAGUGUGUUUCAAAGGUGCUAAUAGUUCUAAAACGAGGCAAAAUUAAGAUUCUGGCCUUUCUUUUUUAGCCAACUUAAGAAUGAACUUAAGAUAUUACAUCACUUUACAAAAGCUGAAACUUUAAUGUCAUCACUACUCUUCAGUGUUUUAAAUGCUGCUUUUGCUACCUUCUUUACAUUUUACUAAGUUUAUAGCAAUCCACUGUCUGAGUUGUCCGUCCAAAUAAAUCGCUUAGUUUAAGAUUACCAAACACUUGCUUAUGUAGUCAAUGGUAUUUUGGUGUGUUUGACAAACAUCUAUUUCUUAUCAUCCUUUAUUGAUAUGAAAUGUUAUUAUUGUUAUUAAUGAUUAUGACCUUUAUUUAAUCAUCAGGUCUAAAUAAGAAAAACCUCCACAGAAAAUUUUCUAAACUUUUUUGUUGUGAAAAUUAAAAUAUUGAAACAUAAAUAUGUAUUAGCUGGUAAAUUGUUUUAUAUUCUACUAUUUUUUUGAAUAUUUUCCAGCUAAAAGUGUACGUUGUAGGUGACAGAAAUAACAUCAACUCAGGUUUUACAUCAAACAUGUUACUACACAGCAGGUUUUUCUUUUAGACCUAAUGAAAUGCACAUGUCUGUGUAGAACCCUUUAACGAAGAGAGGAGAAUACAGACAGUCCAGCUCAAAACCGUGGACCAAGGUCGAGUUGACGAUGUACAUACAGAGACAGUUACAUUCCGUUCCUUCCAGGAACCGAUCAGGAUAACUGUGUGAAUUGUUACUUUUGUUAAUAUGAGUUCCGAAAUGGUUUUAGCUCUGUCACAGAGGUGUAGGUCGGCCCAGUGCAAUAUUGUUGAUAUUAUGUCGUGUUUGUGUCGUAGGGUGCCAGUUGUCUAGUCUUGCACUUAGUGAUUUAUUCAUAGUUUUAGUUCAGGUUUCUCAGUUGUUGAGGAACCACUGUAUGUUUUGUUGUUCCUAAGUUAGAACUUCCAGUUACCAUUGUUUUGUAUCCAUUUUUUGUACUUUAAGGGUAAACGAGUCGAUUAUUAUUAACAGCUCUCACUACACAAACUUUUGUAUUGGGAGAAGAAUGGAUUUUUUACACACAAGAUUUUAUGGUCAACACACUUUACAAAACAUUUGAUGUUCCAUUUGUAGUACGAAACUUGUAACAUUCAAAAAUAUCUCUUACUAUAUUAUUUGUCUACAUAUCUUUAAAAUACAAAAUUAAAACCAAAAACACCAUAUAUCUUUUACAAAUCAGCAUAGUUUUAUUUAUAAAUUUUGAGUAUUACUGAAGAAAAUUACUUCAUUCAAAUUAUCAUUCCAAAAUUUCAAGCACAUCUCAGUCGGCCAAUCAGGUGCAUUUCUGAUAUCUUACACUUUUUUUAAUAGUAGUAAUUUAAUAAUGUUUGUAGCAUUACUUUUUACUAGCAUACAUUAUAAUCAAUUAAUAUAAUAAUAUAUGUUUUAAUGUAAUUUUAACACUUUAAAAUUAUAGACAAGGUCAAAACAUGAAUUUAUAUAGUGAUAUGCCAAGUCAUAAUAUAAACUAUAAGAACUGAUUCAAUCAAUUAUAUUUUAAUACAAAACACCAUUUUUAGCUUUAGCAUAUUCUGAAUUAAUUUAUUAACCAAAUGUGUUUAAGCACUACUAUGCACCUUCAUAUAAAAGUGUUUUUACUUACUUAACAGUCAAGGUUUAUUCCACAAUAGAUUCUACUAAUUACGCUAAACAUCAGUUUCAGCUUCAGCCACUUCUAAAUUCUUCUAUCUCUUGAAAACAACAAAAUACAGACCGGUGUUAUGAGAUUUUGUUAACAUUUUAUAUAAUUUUUGUAACUACACACUCUUUUUACUCAUCCAAGAAUUCACAUGUGUCAUAUUUAUGUAGGUUUAGAGUUUAAAAGAGUUAUUCUAUUAGGUAAUGUGAAUAUUUAGGAGUAAUUUAUUAUGUAUAUUCCAUAAAUAUCUACAUUAGUUUUGUAUCUAUGAUGGCUCUGGGUUUCUUUAGGAUUUUAAAGUAAGUGUAGUAUAUUAUUUAUUUGAUAUGAAUUUAGCUUCUAAAAUUGAAGCCCAAUCACUAACAUUGCCAUCUACUAGUCUAUUAAUGAUGCAAAAGAGAGCAGGAAAAUACAGGAAAAUUCAUCUUUAAAUUAAAGCUUUAGAAACAAUGUAACAUAAUAGGAUUCAUAAAUUUAUCAAUUCAAUUCAGCCACAAAAGGAUUUAUUCACUAUUUUAGCUUUAUUCUAUAAAUUUUAUUAGUCCCUGUACCUUGCCAUACAUUCAUUAACUAAUUAUAUUAAUAACAUAUUGUACAAUAAAAGUUUUAAAAAUAAAAUGUUUGCAAAAAAUAUUUUAAUAGAUAUUAAAGAUAAGUAUUUAACAGAAAGCAAAUUCAGUACUAUAUGAUGUAAUUAGUUUUAUCCAUAAUUGUAUUUCGUAAUCACCCUAAAAUAAUGUUAAUUAAUUUAAAUCAUAAAUAAAACAAGACUAUCACACAACACAUUAGUAGAGGGUAUAGCUAGCAAAUACAUUAAGUCUUUAUCAUGUUUUAAUUUUAAUUAGCUUUAGUUUGACUUUCCUUAACUAUCAUUUAGUUUAAUUGAGUCUAAUAGAAGGUAUUAUUAUGACAAAAGAAGGAAACAAGAAAAAAAAUUGUUUUUGAGGAAUAUUUUCCCUGUGAAUGGGUUAUUAAAUGUCAAAUGUUUUAUUUAAUAAUUUUGGACAAUACUGAAAGUUACAGCCUACAAAACCAUAAGUCCUGAAUUUAUUAGAGAAUUACAUUUUCAAUACCCCCAAAAAUGUCAUACAGUAUUCUCAAUUUGUAAAAUGAUGGGCAAAAUAUUUGACCAUUUACCUAGACAUCACUUUUUUAUUCUGGUCUUUCAAAAUAAUAUAAUUAAUUAUUAACAUUAAAUUGUGAACCAUACAGGUAAAUUAUUAUUUCAGGUUAAGUAACAAUUCGAAUUGAAUAAAAAAGGAAUUGCAUAUGUAUGCCAUUUAAACAACUUUCUGCCCAAAUUUUUAUUAAUUUUAAACAUAAAUUUGUUUUAAAAAGUAAUUAUUUUUCCCCGUUGAUUAUUGAUAAAAAAUUUCUAUUUUACUUUUGUACAAUAUACAGCAUUUGUUUUCUAAACUAUAUUCAUUGAUUUGCAAACUCAUUGACCUUUAUAUUUAAAUGCGUUUAGACAAUAACCUGUUUUAAUUUUCAUCACCUUACCUUUGCAUAGUCCAACGAUCAUUGAACCAGUCCUAUAACAAAAACCCUUUUGCAACCUGGAUUUAUUUAGACUUGUCCUUAUAAUGUAAGAUAUGGUUGAAGUGGAUGCUUAACUCGCUAGUCUGAUGAACAGUGGUUGGCGACAGGUUUGUGUUCCGAUGUUGAGCUAAGAUCAGAAGCAGCUUGAAUGGUGGCUAUAUCAUUAUGUAUUUCUUUAACAUUUAACAUAACUGUGAGAAGAAGCCAAAGCUAGUGUUGACAUUGGUAUUAAAGCUCAAGAAAUGUAUAAUUUUGGUACUUGUAAAUGUAAAAAAUGGGUGAAAUUAACUUAAGUUAGAGUGUGUUUAGCGUUAGGUUAGUUAUAGAAGUUGUUAAUACAUGUAAUCAUUGUCAAUACAUUUAGGAAAUACAUGGCUUCCUUUUUUGUUUUCAUAAGAAAA